AUGAAGAAACAUCAAACACGACAAAAGACUAUUAAUGAUCCAAUAAUAGUGUCACGCGUUAAGAAUUAUCUCGCCGAGAAUGUGGACAAGACAUUCGUCGAUGUUAGUCAAAUGGCGCGUUCAUUAAAAGAGCGCUACCGCGAGUAUAACAACAGAAGCGACAAUGCCUUUUGCCAGAUGGUAGAAAGUGCAUAUAAAGUAGUUUUACAGAGCUACGGGUUAGACGGAGCGACCACGUCGGAAGGUUCAGAGGAAGAAUCUGAUUUAGAACUACUAGACGAAAAUAAUAGUGAGCUCAAUGACCGCUUGCUCGCCAUGUAUAAGAUGCAAGACAAAAAACGGCCGGCACAAAAUCGAAGAAAUACAGAUAAGUCGGGUGAACCUAUAGAUAUCUUGAGUAGUGAUGACGAUGGUAGUGCGGCGCCAAAAUUACCCAAAAUCAAUGAUCAAAUUACUAUAACCCCCCACGUACCGAAUAAGAAUAAAAACAGCACGCCCAUUGAAGUUAAAACACAGCAGAAUCAGCAAACCAAUGACAGAAAAAGGAAAGUUGAUACAAGUAAAAUUGCACAACCAAAGAAAAAGAAUGAAGUUGGUACUGUUAAAAAUGUUAAGGUUAGUUUUGAUGAUAUUGGUGGAAUAUCAGACAUAAUAACACAGAUCUGCGAUUUAAUAUUACAUAUGAAGCACCCGGAGGUGUAUAGUCAGUUAGGUAUUAAAGCUCCUAGAGGAGCAUUGUUACAUGGCCCUCCAGGCACAGGAAAAACAUUGCUAGCACACGCUAUCGCUGGAAAACUACAAUUACCAAUGAUUGCGAUAACUGGUACAGAAUUAGUAGGAGGAAUGUCAGGAGAGUCUGAAGAAAGGAUCAGAGAAUUGUUUGAGAGAGCAAUAUCAGUAGCCCCAAGUGUAUUAUUCAUAGAUGAGAUUGAUGCAGUCUGUGGAAACAGAGUUCAUGCUCAAAAAGACAUGGAAAAGAGAAUGGUCGCCCAGUUAUUAGCUAGCUUAGACUCCCUGUCUGAAACGAAGUCUUCGGUGUUAAUACUUGCUGCUACAAAUAAUCCUGAUGCCUUAGACCCCGCUCUACGGAGGUCUGGCCGUCUUGAGCAAGAAAUUGCACUUGGCAUACCUUCAUUAAAAUCUAGGAAAGAAAUACUAAGUAUUCUCUGUAAAGAAAUUUCUUUAGAUGAGGAUGUUAAUAUGAGCACCUUAGCACAGAUCACACCUGGAUUUGUUGGAGCUGAUUUACAAGCUCUUGUAAAUAAAGCUAGCACAUAUGCUGUAAAGAGAAUAUUUACUGAAAUUCAAACAGCUAAGAUUAAAGUAGAAACAAAACCCAGUGAGGAGGAACCUGCUAAAGAUGAAGUGGCAGUAAUACCAAAUGGAGAUAAAGUGAGUGAAGAGACUGUUCCAGCUGUUGAUGCUCCUACAGAGGUUCCUUCUGCACCACUACAAGAUGUUGAUAAACCUGCUGAAGACUUAGAUAGUACUCCUAUAAAAGUUGUUCCAGAUAGUAAUAAUGUGAAAGAAAUACCUAUAAUCCCAGUUGAUCCUGUAGAUGAAUUUCUUCUUCUUUUAGAAGAUAUGCCUUACACUAAAGAUGAACUAAAAGGACUUGCCAUCAGACAUGAAGACUUUGUUAAAGCACUUAAAUUUACCAAACCUUGUGCAGUGAGAGAGGGUAUUGUAACAGUACCGGAUGUUACUUGGGAUGAUGUUGGAUCUCUGAGUCAAGUGCGGAAAGAACUACAGCUGGCUGUCUUAGCUCCUGUAAAGUAUCCUGAACAACUGAGAAAACUGGGAUUAGGUGCCCCAAGUGGAGUUUUACUAUGUGGCCCUCCGGGUUGUGGUAAAACUUUGUUAGCAAAAGCUGUAGCAAAUGAAGCAGGUGUAAACUUCAUAUCAGUAAAAGGGCCUGAGCUGCUUAAUAUGUAUGUAGGUGAGAGCGAAAGAGCUGUUCGCACGUGUUUCAGACGGGCUAGAAAUUCAGCGCCGUGCGUCAUAUUUUUCGACGAAUUUGAUGCAUUAUGCCCUCGACGAACAGGUCAAGACAACAAUGGUGCAGCACGAGUUGUGAAUCAGCUGCUGACUGAAAUGGAUGGCAUAGAGACUCGUGAAGGAGUUUUCGUGUUGGCAGCUUCAAAUAGGCCAGACAUCAUUGAUCCUGCAGUAUUGCGGCCGGGUCGUUUGGAUCGAGUUAUGUAUGUUGGAAUGCCAGCAAGAGAUGAUCGCAUUGACAUACUACAGAAACUUACUAAAGGUGGUACAAAACCACAACUUGCACCUGAUGUACACCUGCAUGUUUUUGCUGAUCUAACAGAGGGCUAUACGGGAGCAGACUUGGCUGGUCUAGUUAGAGCAGCUGCCACACAUGCAUUGACAAAACACAUUGAAAACGGGACUCUCGAAGACGAUAUUUUUGUCACAUUUGAAGACUUUAGAAUUGCUCUUUCGAAAUGUAAACCUUCUGUUUCCUCUAAGGAACAACUUCAUUAUGAGAAGUUGAGAUUGAAGUAUACAUCAGGAUUUGAGGACAGAUAUAUGGAAAUGGAGACUGAACCACUAAAUGAGGAAUCAAUGGACACUGUCUGA